AUGUCAAUUACAAAUGUUGUUGGUGGUUUUACAAAUGCCAAUGUAGUUAUUGAUUCAACUCAAUGGAUUUACUGUCAAUUUAUAUAUUUAUUAUUUAUAGUAUUAUCUUGGCUUGCAUCACCCUAUAUAAUAUCAAGGUUUAGAGAAAAAUACUGUAUGUUUGCAUCAGCUGCUAUAUUCUUUGUUAUUAGCUUUAUCAGAGUAUUGGCACCAAGAUUCAUGCUCAUUCCAAUAAUACUCUUUGCAAUUGGGACAACCAUACUUUGGGCAUCUGCUGGCUCCUAUAUGUUUAUGCUUCAUAAUCCUACCAAAGAAAUCCCAUUUACUGGUACAUCAUUUGGUACAUUUUUAGGUUUAUUUGGAUUUUAUAGAUUGUUUAUGGUUUUAAAUUCAAGAGAUACAAUGAUCUCAUCAAUUGUAAUAUUCAUUAUAAUUAGCGCAAUUUUAAUAUUUUUAUUAAUUGAACCAGCAAAAGAAUUUGAAAAGGAACAUUACGAUGUUAGAGAUAUAGUUGGAUCAUUACGUGCACCACUUUUAUUUUUAACCAGCAACAGGGAUUUCCUCACUAUAAUACCAGUAAUGUUAUAUUUAGGUUUUUCAAAUGGCUAUGUAGAUUUAAUAGUAUAUGCUGGAGAAUACACAUUUUUUGUUUACUCUUUAAUAUUCAGUUGCUCAGCAUUUGGUUUUGGUGUACUUUCAGACAAAAUACCAAAGUUUAGACUUUUACUUUUUAUCAUCAUGGCAAGCGCUUUAACAUCAAUUCUGGUGAUUAUUGCAUACUUUACAAAUGGUUCUGUUCAAACAGGAUUCUACUAUGUUAUUUCAAUUACAAUAGCAUUCAUUAAUGGAGGUCUUUAUAGUCUACUUUAUACCACAGUAAACACAAUGACAGUUAUUUUUAAAACAUUAUCAGCCUCAUCAAAUGGUGCCUCUAUUUUCUUUUUAAUAACUUUAUUAAUCGUAUCACUUUUAUCAUUAUUAUAUCUUUAUAAAUUUAAUCAAAACUAUAAUAAUACUAAUAAUAAUAAUAUUUUUGAUGAAAUUUUUAAAAGAAAUACAUAUAGCAAUAAUAACAAUAAUAAUACCUAUAACAACUAUAACAACUAUAACAAUUACAAAAUAGACAACAAUAAUGAAAAUGAUGAUAAUAAUGAUAAUAAUAAUAAUAAUAAUCAAAAUAACGAUAUUAAUGGUAUUAAUAAUAUUGAUGAUAAUAAUGAUAAAAAUAAUAAUGGUAAUGAUGAUUUCUCACAAAUCAAUGUCUAA